UGUACUCUGCUAUAUCACAACUCUUAACGCGCUCCACAAUAGUCACAGUUUGGACACGAGACAUUUCACAUUUGGCAGUCCCAAUUCUCCCCACAGCCCACCAUGGAUUGCAUUGAUAAAACCACAAUUAGUACACAAACUACAUAUUCCCACUCUAGUGAUUCUGCUGGUGGAUCUCCGAGAAGUAUAUUGGCUGCUCCUCCGUCACCUCCACCACAGGUGAUUCUGACGCCGUGCGCAGCCUGCAAAAUUCUUCGUCGGAGAUGCGUGGAUAAAUGUGUGUUGGCACCAUACUUUCCCCCUACUGAACCCCUUAAGUUCACUAUUGCUCAUAGAGUCUUUGGAGCUAGCAACAUCAUCAAAUUGCUACAGGAGCUUCCAGAGGAUCAAAGAGCAGAUACAGUGAAUUGCAUGGUAUACGAGGCAAAUGCAAGGAUCAGAGAUCCAGUAUACGGUUGUGCCGGUGCAAUUUUCCAGCUGCAGAAGCAAAUAAGUGAGCUUCAAGCACACCUUGCAAAGGCUCAAGUAGAGAUCUUACAUAUGCAGAACCAGAACACCAAUUUGGUGGCAUUAAUUUGCGCGGAAAUGACACACAAUCAAGAAAACGAUAGCAGUAUUGUGUUUCCUGAUCAUCAACAAGCUUAUGGAAAUUCCACCACUUUUCCGGAAGACGACAAUGUAUAUGCAGCUUGGGAACCACUUUGAACAUGAUUAAAAAAAAAAUGGAAUACUUCUAUAGAAUUAGUUUACGAUAUAGCUCCAUCCCCCAAUAAAAGGGAAUAAAUGAAUGACAUGACAUCUUCUGAAAAAAUAAAUAUUUCCCAAAAAAAAGGGAGGGGGGGGGGGGGGGUAGAGAGAUAGAGAGGAAUAGGUCUUUGACGAGAUCAGAUGUACGUGAAGAGAUUCUCUAUCGGGACUUCUAAUUUAAUUGUAUCACUGAGAGUUUCCACACAAUUGAUUUGAGUUUAAUUUUCAUGGUCAUUGUUUUUCCUUACCAUCAUGCUAUAAGAAAAUUUAAAAUAAAAAAAUAGAAGACUCUCUACUUCCUUUUUGAAAAAAGAAUAGUGAAACAUGACAUCACUUUAUAAAUUUCUUGAAAAUUACUUUUUCAUUUUAUGCCAAAGUUUAA